ACCCGUAGUGCAGCUGCGGACGCGGCCUGCCUCUGACCUCUCCCGGUCUUCUCCCACCACCCGCAUGGUUCGGGCUGCUCACUGAGCGGCGGCGGGGCGUGACGGACGCGCCGCCCAGACGGCUCCGGGUCGCAGCUUGCAGUCACCGGCACUUCCUCCUGCGGCGCCCGUGCGCGGGCGGCUGGGCAGGCGGGAUGGCGGCCCGGGGUAGCGGCCGCGCAUCGGCGCCCCGGCUGCUUCUGCUCCUGCUGGUUCUUUUGCUGGGGUCCGCGGUCGGGGUCCGGGCCGGGCCGGAGGAAGACCUUAGCCACCGGAACAAGGAACCGCCGGCCGCUGCCCAGCAGCUGCAGCCGCAGCCCGCUGGCGUUCAGGGGCCCGAGCCGGCCCGGGCCGAGAAAGGAUUUACACCAGCAGCCCCAGUUCACACAAAUAAAGAAGACCCAGCUACCCAAACCAAUCUGGGAUUUAUUCAUGCAUUUGUCGCUGCCAUAUCAGUCAUCAUUGUGUCUGAAUUGGGUGAUAAGACAUUUUUCAUAGCAGCCAUCAUGGCGAUGCGCUAUAACCGAUUGACGGUGCUGGCUGGGGCUAUGCUUGCCUUGGCCCUGAUGACCUGCUUGUCAGUUCUGUUUGGCUAUGCCACCACCGUCAUCCCCAGGGUGUACACAUACUAUGUCUCAACUGCAUUAUUUGCCAUUUUUGGCAUUAGAAUGCUUCGGGAAGGCUUGAAGAUGAGCCCAGAUGAGGGUCAAGAGGAACUGGAAGAAGUUCAAGCAGAAUUAAAGAAGAAGGAUGAAGAAUUUCAACGAACCAAACUCUUAAAUGGACCAGGAGAUGUUGAAACGGGUACAAGCACAACAAUACCUCAGAAAAAGUGGCUGCAUUUUAUUUCACCCAUUUUUGUUCAAGCUCUUACACUAACAUUCUUAGCAGAAUGGGGAGAUCGCUCUCAACUCACUACGAUUGUUCUGGCAGCUAGAGAGGAUCCCUAUGGUGUAGCAGUGGGUGGAACAGUGGGACACUGCUUAUGCACUGGAUUGGCAGUAAUCGGAGGAAGAAUGAUAGCACAAAAAAUCUCUGUCAGAACUGUGACGAUCAUAGGAGGUGUCGUGUUUUUGGCGUUUGCAUUUUCUGCACUAUUUAUAAGUCCUGAUUCUGGUUUUUAACACACUAUUUGUUCAUCUGUAUUUAGUCUAAGAUAGGUAACUACUGUCAUUCUGUACAUAGUGUACAUUACAACUAAAAGCAAUGGAAAAUACUGUAUUUUGUAGCAUUGAUUUUUGAGUUUGACCCAUUUAAUGAAAGUAUUAUGUCCAAAAAAGAUAAUCACUGAUUUGUAAAAUGGAUUUUUAAAAGAAACCCGACUUCUCAGUGUGGACUUUUUGCAACAUAAUUGUCAAUAUAGUCCCCAUUUCUGUUUGGUAUGUGUAGAACCAUUGUGCAAUGGGGUCUACCACUUGAUUUUCUUUCAACAUGACCCCUUUAUAAGGAAUAUAUUCUCCUUGGUCACUGAGGCAUUUCAGAUGUUUACCUUAAAAAUUUCCUUGUGGAAAGAAUGAAUGAAUUUCUUUUAAAAAAAUAUUUCCCUUAGCCACUAAGCAGUAGUUUAAUCAUGUCUUUUCAAAAUUAGAUUGUUUUUAAAGAGACAAAUAAGGUAAUAAUUACUAUAGCAAUUAGAAUUGUUUGCUAAGUCCAUUCUUUUUUUUAAUUGGGUAGGACACCCAAUAUGAAAAUAGUCAAUAUUUGACAAUGUGGAAUUACCAAAUUAAAAGAGAAUACUAUGAAUGUAUUCAUAUUUUUUCUAUAUUGAAUAAACAAUGUAACAUAGAUACAAUGUAAAUAAAAGUGGUAUGACCAGUGCUUGUUUUUCCCUGUGUGUUAUACAACUCAUUAACUUUUCUAACUUUCCAAAGUAGUAUUGCUAUUAUCUAGGCCAUUUCUAAAGUAGAUGUAAAACAAACACUGAUGUGUAGCUAAACAGGAGCUAGAUAUUAUUCUGAAGCACUGUCUCACUUGGCCUUCACGAUUCUAUUAGGUAGUAGGCAUCAAUACAAGGUUUUUUAAAAAGGGCAACUUACCCAAGGUGACAUUGUAGAGCAGGGAGGCAAACCAGGCAGUUUAAUGUCAGAGCCUGCAAUUAUUCCUUAUGCUACGGACACCUCAUUUUAUCAUAGCAGCUUCAGUAAUCAGUCAUUUAAAGUCUACUCGAACUUUACCACUCCACUCAGUCAGUACAACAGCUGUUCUCCCAGUCUGUGUGAGGUCCACAAUGUAAUCUGUAACUUGACAAGACUGUGAAAGGACCCAGCUAAUCUCAGUAGCUGUGGAAAGGGCAGCUGACCUCUAAAGAAACCUACAAGUGGUCCUCAACUACAAAGUAGCUUUCAGCUGUUAGGCAGCAGCAUAAUACUAUCAAAGAAAAACAUCAUUUUUGGAAACUUCUAAGGAGUUCUCUAACUCCAUAAAAAAUGUAUAUUAUAGGAUAGAAAAAAACAAUAUCCAUGAAUUAAGACAAAACACUUCAAAGAAACAGAGGCUCCUAAUUAACUGCCUAAACUUAUAAACAAAGACAGUGAGGAACUAUAUUUAUUUUCUUAGAACAAAAAGGAGAUUUUCUGGUAGAAAGUAGCUGGUACCAUCAUAGACUGAUGAAGAUUAGGUGGCCUGGUACCACACAGACUGAUGAAGAUUAGGUAGCCUGGCCCCAGUAACUAGCUUGCUAUGUGAAUAACAGCACAGGCUUUUGUUGUUGUUUUGUUUAUUGUAACAGGACAGAAUUAACUACUUAGAGACAGACCUAAAGCUACAAGGUAAAAAAUGCUGAUACAGUUAGUUAGCUUCUGUUGAAGAAAAGAAAGGAAAAUGUCAUUGAUGGUGAUUUUAAAAUAUUUAAUAGUCUUUAAACUCCAAAAUGUGAUUCUUACAAGUGACGUGCCACAUAAAGCAGAUGUUACUUUUGGAGAAAUGCAGGUGAUACUGAAAAACAUAGCACUGAGGUAUUUUUUAUUUUUAAAAUUGAAGAAGGAAACAAAGUCUGGAUCUAAUUAUUUUUACAUUUACAAAAAAAAAAAAAAAAAUCCACAAUA